AUGGAUCUCAACAACGCCUGCGAAAAAGCAGAAGAGUUCGGAAUUCGCGAUCAACUACCCGCUUGCAAUGUUUCGGAGCACGCUAGCUGCAACCGUUCCUGGGGCGAGUGGAGCGAAUGUCACUGCUCUUCUGAAAAACCCUUCCGUACUCGAUAUCGAAUGGCUCCGCCAAGACUGUGCCACGCGCCAGUAUUUCAACUCGACGAGUCAGCUUUCUGCGAAACCGACUGCCAGGAAACUUUUGGAAUUGUGGACAACCAGUCGAAGUUCUACAGCUCUUCUUCCUCAGGAAAAGUUGUCAAAUGUUACGAGAUUCAAUCGAACUAG